GGGUGUAUGCGGAAGUGCCGGGACUGAUGGCUGGGGAGCAGCGCAGGCCGAGAAGCUCCGGGGCAGCCUGGGACGUGGACCCCAUGGAACGAUUCAUCUGCCCCAUCUGCCUGGAGGUGUAUCUGGACCCGGUGCGGGUUACCUGCGGCCACAUAUUCUGCUCCUCCUGCCUCCAACAGUGUAUGAAGCAGAAAAGUCCUAUCUGUGCCGUUUGUCGUUCUGCCCUGAGCCCCAGCUGGAAAGCCUCGGACCUGGAGAGGCAGAUGCGGGACAUCCAGGCCUCAUGUAAAGGUUGUCAUAUACAGAUGGCCCUGUCAAACAUGCGCAGCCACUCCGCCACUUGUUCCAAGUAUGAGAGCUACGUUAUGGAGGGGAUUAAGUCGGUGAAGAAGGAACAGACGCAGGUUGUCAGUGAUGUCCCUAACCGCUUCACCUUUAUCUGUCCAUACUGUCGGCAGCAGAACCUGGACCAGGAGGGUUUGGUGGAGCAUUGCAAUAAAUUUCACUUCUCUGACCCAACACCAGUGGUUUGCCCUAUUUGUGCCUCCAUGCCCUGGGGAGACACCAGCUACAGGAGCUCCAAUUUCAUGGAGCACAUCCACCGCCGACACAGGUUCUCAUAUGAUACAUUUGUGGAUUACAGCGCUGAUGAGGACGCCAUGAUGCGUGAAGCGCUGGUACGAUCCCUAACGGACAAUUGAGAAUGUCGGUGACUGAAGAUGCCAUGCACAUUGUCUAGCUCUACGUGUUUUGCUGCUCUUCUGCAGUUGGAUAAUCCAUGUAAUGGGAUAGGCUGCUGAUGAGUGGAUAGCGUCUGUUCUGUUUAGACACUGAUCUUGGGUGUGUCUUCACCGCUCAGUGUGUCCAGGUGAUAGAUGUCACUGUAGCUGACGCCCCUCUCCCUAUAUAAUGUUCUGUUAUAAUAACUUUUAGUGUACAGGUUUCUAUGUGUAUUCAUGUAUUUUGUAGUCAGGGAGAUAACAAGAUCUUUGUAUAAUGUAUACCGCUGGAUUUUAUAUCUGAUUUCUUUAUUGCAUUCAGUUGACUUUUUUUUUCAUUGAUUAUAACCUUCUUAUUGGGUCAAUGUUUUUUUUUUUUUUUAACAUAUAUCUUAAAGGGAGUCUAUCAGCAGUUCUGACCAUGCUAAACUGCUGGAAGCAGUAGGUAGAUGCCAGGGAGAGCAGGACAAACCUACCUAAUGUGUAUUGUUUAUCAUCAGGAGUAGUGUGAAUAUGAAGUUUUAUUCUGCCAUAUUCUGUUCCUGCCCAGGAGGCGGAGCUAUUUGCAUUGUACUGCUUCUCGGCUCCUCCCUUCUACUCUGAGUGACUGCUGUAGCAUCCAGCCAGGAGACCACUCCACUGUCACUCAGAGCAGAGGAUCUAUGAAGUAGGUCAAUGCAGAGAGGAGUUCACACUGAAGCUGAGUGUAAUCUAGCUGAAUAAAACGUCAUAUUCUUACUACACCUAUUUGUCCUGUUCUCCUCAGCUCCUACCUAGUGCUGUCAGCAGUUUAGCACGGUCAGAACUGCUGACAGUCUCCCUUUAAAGUUUCCUUUUUAACUCCUUAUAGGAUGUAGUCUCUCUAGUCUGAGUUCAUCAUGCACAACCUCAGGGCGAGAUAUAUUAAACAUGUUCAAGGCUUUUUCUUUUCCUCCUCAGAUCAGCUCCUCUGUCACCUAUCCUGGCUUUUCUGUUGAGAAAUGAUUUGCUCCUUCGUGCAUAAAUAUAAUGUUUUUAUGAACAAUAAAUCAUCAGGCAGUUAUUUUUACUUAAUGGGGUUCUUCGGGAAUACUUAUCUUUUACCAAGUGACUGCAGUCUGCCUCUCCAACGGAACAUACCUAUAAGUGUGGAUCAUUUACUCAAAACAUUAUUAUGCAGGUGCUGACAUAAAACGACACAAAAAUCACCUAUAUCAAAUACCAAAAUACACUGCAACGCAUGUUAGAAAUAUUUCAAAAUGAUCUUUAUUGAUUUAUAAAAUACAGCGUAAAAAUAAUUAUAUGCAUUUGCACACCAUGACCACAAGGGGGCCGUACUAGGUCAACUAUAGUAUCACAUACAAUGUCUAAUAAAGGGAAAAGUAUGCAUCAAAAGUGACAAAGACCAUAUGGUAUUCCCUGAAAAACGUUUUAGUUUCAAAAGUUGGUUUUAUUAAAGAAUGACAUAGGAUAAGGUUACAAAACCAGAAACAAUAUCAUAAAAGAGCACCUCACGCAGGAGGUGGUUAAUGAUAGGUGUAUAGUUUUAUGCAUGUAGUAUCAAACAAACAGGGGAAAGUGAACAGGAGAAAAUAAUAAAAUAAAAAAAAUUCAUUCACAUACAUCAGGUAACAAAAGCAUGGUAUCCUUGUGAAUGCAAGGCUUAGGAAUUCUUAGAUACAUGGAGGGGGCAGAUGUUGCGGACAGAAUGUAACCCAGGCAUCUCGGAGCAUAAAUUAGGGGAAGUCCUGAAAAACUUUUUUAAAAGACAAAGGAGUAUAAAUAUACAGACCCAGAUUAUACUUGCUUUAUUUAUACUCCUUUGUCUCUUAA